GAGAGAGAACAGAACAGCAGCUCAGUCGGCUCCCUGCCCGCACUCACAGUUCAGCUGUUGUUCGACAGGGAAGAGAAGUUAGUUCUUGAGAGUUGACGGUUGUUUUUGUUUCCUCUGGUCUCAGCUCGGAGCUGCAUCACGGGGCCGAACUUGCACCUCAAGUCAGGAUGUCGGAACUUUCCGUGAAUGACCACCUCGAAGGGAUUUUAUCAGAUUUCGAAGCACUGAAGAGAUCCUUCGACAUUGAAGAUGUGGAUGACAUACCAUCCUUCCCCUCAGCUUCACCCAUCUCCACCCCUGUUUCUCCCUCUUCCUCCCAUUUCUUCCUCCACCACAACAAAGCCAGUGAGGGGCGGGGAGGAGGUGGCCAGUCCCCUUCAUUACCCUUCAACAACAACAACAACAGCCUGGGCUCCACAGCCCACCACUCCCGCAUCAGCCUGAGUUCCAAUCCCAGCCCAGCGCUCAAGUCCCGUAGCGUAGUCAGCAGCCUGUCCUUCAACCGAGGAACCACGAACAAGUCGGCCGUCCACAACAACGGCUCCUCCGUGACCAGAGCUGCAUCCUUCCAGAGCAGGUUAAACCCCAAUGGUUACUCCAUUCUGUCUGGGCCAGGCAGUGACAACGACAGCCUUCACAGCUCCACGUCCAGCCUGGAGUACUCUGGGGGAGGUGGGGGUGCCCUCCCUCUUACUAAGCUGGGGUCAUAUCUCAGCCCUCCACCUCAGGAGUACCACCGAACCCAGCCCCAGCUCCCACAACGGCGCCAAGAGGGAGGUGCCAACUUGGGAAGCAACCCCAACCUGAAGAAGUUUUCCUCCCAUGGGAGUGUUUUCCACCCCGAGACUGACCAGCGGCUGGGGAUGAUGCUGGGUGUUCCAGAGCCUCGGGGGGUGAACCACGGCUCAAUGCCCAGCCUAGACCUCCAAAUCCGUGAUGGAGGAGGAGGAAUGGUGAGUAUGCAGAGAGGUGGAGUUGGAGGCAGGAUGUCUCCAGGGUUGAGGUAUGCCAAUGCUAAUGCCAACUGGAAUGGUCGUCUUCAUAAUGCCAGUUCCUUUGGGGAGGAGGGCUACUGUGGCCCCAAAAACCAUCAGCAGCAAGGGCCCCAGGUCCUCAAUGCUCCCCAGCCCAAGGUCAAAGAGACUUCACGCCUCAACAAGUUUCCCUUGGAUCUGGACAGCUUGGUAAGCGGCACCUUGGCCACUUCUUCCACCAAGGCUCAAGUAGGAUCCGUGGGCCCCACACCCCCCAAGCCUCCACCAAGGAGCUCAGGAGGCCUCCAACACCACACCAGCCCACUAUCCACCCCGGCCAGCCCUUCAGCCUCUCUCAGCAGCCUGGACAGUUCUACUGACACCCCACCCCUCUCCCUCCACCAUCCCUUUUUGCCUGUCUCCCCACGUUCUCUAACUCCCUCGCAGGGUUCCAUCCCUGUCCCAGAGAUGAGUUGCUCCCCGUUGCCCCUUUCUCCUGCCCAGAGCCCCCAGCUGGAGAUUCUGUCAGGACCCCAAGUUGUCCAGGUGGUCCCCAACCUACCUAACCCUUCCAGCCCCUCCAGCCCCCGAGCCAUCUGGUCUGUGGAGGAUGGCCCAGGUGAUGCCAGAGAUAGCGUAGGCUCAAUCUUACAGAGGAUCGCUUCCUUCUCCCAGCAUGUCGUCACUGACACCACCCCAGCAGCUGUGACCCUGUCCCCUACAGUCCAAAGCAACGGUGGGUUGUCAUCUGAAUUUGAGUGCCCUGCUGAGACCACGCUCAUGCCUACAUGGAAACAGGGGAAGAAGAAACAGAAAGAAACUGCUGGAGAGCUGGAGACGGACCCACUCAGCCCAAUGGAGGAGAGAGAGGAGAAGGCGAGGGGCAUCAUUGGACAAGAGCAAGAAGAUGAGGGCAAGUGCCAAGGACAACCAGCCAGCAUGAACACCCAGAUUCCCAUGACAGAAAAACAGGAGAACUUUGUGGAGGUUUGUACAGAGACGUCGGAGAAGGGGAAGGAGAAGGGAAUGGCGGAUAGAGAAAUGAAGAAAGAGAUGGAGAUGGAGGUGGAGAUGGAGGUGGAGAUGGAGCUGGAGGCAGAAGUGAAGGUGGAGCUGCGCCAGACUGUGCCAGGCCUGCAGAUGAGCUUCAUCCGAGGCACUGACCUGUUUGGCUACGUGGGCAUCGAGGCGGUGCUGGACCAGAUGAGGCGCAAGACCAUGAAGGCCGGCCUUGAGUUCAACAUCAUGGUGGUUGGUCAGAGUGGUUUGGGGAAGUCCACGCUGGUCAACACUCUGUUCAAGUCCAAAGUCAGCCGCAAGUCCUGCACGCCCAACUACGAGGAGAAGAUCUCCAAAACAGUCAAACUGCAUUCAGUCAGUCACGUGAUCGAGGAGAAGGGGGUGAGGAUGAAGCUGACGGUGGUCGACACUCCAGGAUUUGGAGACCAGAUCAACAACGAGAACUGCUGGGAGCCCAUAGUGAAGCACGUCAACGAGCAGUAUGAAAAAUACCUGAGAGAGGAGCUGCAUAUAAACCGCAAGAGGAGAAUACCAGACAGCCGAGUCCACUGCUGCAUCUACUUCCUCCCUGCCACUGGACACAGAUUACGCCCCAUCGAUGUUGAGUUCAUGAAGAGGUUGGGAAAGAUAGUGAGCAUCGUACCCGUCAUCGCCAAAGCCGACACACUCACCAUUGAGGAAAGACAGGAGUUCAAAGAGAGGAUAAGGCAAGACUUAACAGCCAACGGGAUUCGUGUUUACCCCCUGAAAGAGUACGAUGAUGAUCCAGAGGAACGCGUCCUCAACGACAGGAUCAGGGAAAGCAUUCCCUUCGCUGUGGUGGGAACGGACAAGGAGCACCAGGUGAAUGGAAACAAGGUGCUGGGACGCAAAACAAAGUGGGGAAUCAUUGAAGUUGAAAAUGUGGCACACUGUGAGUUUGCCAACCUGAGAGAUCUACUGAUCAGGUCUCACUUGCAGGACCUGAAAGACGUGACGCAUAACAUCCACUACGAGACCUACCGUGUACGACGGCUCAACGAGAGCAACAUGGACUUCAGUGAACUGGGACUAUCUGCCUGUCCGCUGGAGAACGGAACUGCUGACAAAUGCGAAUCAGAAAGCCACCUCUGAUCUCUCCACAUCGGCCUCCUUCUUCCUGCACCUGCCAGAGGAAUGCUGAUUGAUCCUCGUCCAAUCAGAAUCAGAGAUGUGAAGAGAAAGCUAUUUUUUUUUCUUUUUUUUUUUUUUUCCCCACGUAAAAAAAAUGAGAUGGAGAAAUUGUUAUUUUUUUUAUCGUUUUUACAUUCGAGAAAUUAUGUUUAUGUUGAGUUUUUUACACAAUACGUAAGAAAUGCGUCAAAUAUGGAUAUAUGUGAAACUAAUGUGAGCUCAUAUAUAUUUACUGGAAGGAUGGUGACACAAACUGGACAGGGAAGAGCAGGCAGCGCAAUGAGAGGAAACAGAAGUCUCCCAAUGGUGUCGAAGCAUCUUGGCUAUAUCGGCUAUAUAAAUUAUACACUCUGUGGACAAAAGUAUGUGGACAGUCAAGGCCUUAUUCACCCGACAUCAGUGUUGGACCUCACUGAUGCUCUUGUGUCUGAAUUAGUGAUGGUAAUUACGGCUUUUUGAAGGGAAUCUUAUGGCUCCGUUCCUUUCGGACAGCCGUUCAAAAGAAUAGCUCAGUGUUCUUUUUUCUUUUUUUUUUCGGGGGUGGGGGCAGACAUCCCGCUGAUAUCCCCAACGUAACAUAAUUUCAUGUGUGGACUAGGUUUAGCAGCACCAAAUUUCUCAUAUUAUUCCGGACAUAACGUCAAUGAUGUAAGCAUUAUACAAGGUGACGCCACACCUCUAUCUCUCCAACUGUCUGUCUGCUUGUGUGUGUGUGUGUGUGUUUCUGCCUUCGUGCGGCGGCGCUUCCGCCUGUCUCCCGGCGCCGCAGAUCUAAAGCAGGCAGUGAAAUUUGGGCACGACGAUCAAAAGAACGACUCUCAAGUACAAUUCGGUCCCCUUCGCUCGUACCAAAGAGCCGUUCAAAAGAUUCGGGUCGUUCGCGAACAUCACGUCACCGGUAUGAAUGGGAACUAAAUGGGGACUAAAUCCUCGCAACUAGGUUCCAACAUCUGGUGGAAAGACUGAAACCGGAAGAGUAGAGGCUGUCAUAGCGGCACAUUAAUGCCCAUGGUGGCAGCAUCACAUGACAUUUGGGUGAAAUGUCCAUGUUCAGCAGUAGGCCGACAUUGUGUCAUUCUUGCUGAAGUCAAACGUGUUCAAAUUUGAUCCUGAGGAGGAAAUUGAAGACCCAGCUGUUUAUAUGUUGAACAUUUUUUUUUUGCACACACAAGUAAGAUACUUCUUUUUAUGAAGCUUGCACGCCACAUUUAAGUGCCAAAACAAGAGAAAAUUGCUCAAUUUGUCCAUUUGUCUGUGUAUUUUAAAGAGUAACCACACCCAAAAGAAUGUUUUGGAGUAAUUGAUUUCUAUUUAUUACUCAACACGGAGAGAAUGCAUCUAGUCAUUAUGUCAUCAGUUGAGGACAUAGUAAUGCGCUAGUGGAAGUUCACAGUCUUGCUCAGUACUCCACCCAGUGGAUCAAUUGAGCAGAAGCAGUUCAUUUUGAGAUACUUGUGUCAACAAGAAAAACCUAAUAGGCUGAGUCAUUAGUAACACAAGUUAUCUGCUCAGUAUAAAAUCAAAUUGCUGAAGGUGUGGUCGUUGACUUUGCAAGAUCGUGAGCGAGUCUCAUUUUCAUAUUUCACCGUCAGCCCUGUGAUAGUCUGGCGACCUGUCCAGGGUGUACCCCGCCUUCGCCCAAUGUCAGCUGGGAUCGGCUCCAGCCCGCCCCCACCCCCCCGACCCUCCAGCGACCCCUAACGUAAUAAGCGGUUGCAGAUGAUGGAUGGACUAAGCCAGAUCAGGUUUAGGAUAGGAUAGUUGAUGUGUGCUUUAUAACUUACAGGUUUCUUUUAUAAUUAGUGGUGUUUUCCAUUUAUUAUUUUUCUGUUUUUAGUGGAUUUUAUCCGGUUACCUUCUCAGAACUGCAGUCCUGUCACUAUAGAGGAAACUUAUUGGACUUCUUGGCAUCUGACUUCCCCGGGUGGGCCUCUUUUUUUUGCGUUCAUUAUUCAAUUAAAAAACAAUGGGCAUUAAUAGAAAUAUUGUCAAUAUUUCCAUUUCAUUUCAACAAUAUUGCUAGAUGGAAUUCAGGGAUAGAUUGAUUCAUUUUUUUUUUCAUUAAAAUCUCGUGAGAGGCUGCUGCACCUGUUGCAUUAUGAUCCUUAUGCAAGAUUUGUGGCUUUCUUGCUAAACCAAUUAAUGCACGUGAUAUGCUUUUCUAAUUUAGCCAAUAAAACACGAGACGUCCGUAAAUGCACUUCUAACAUCGUAAAUCACACCGUGACAGCACCACGUGGAAGUCUGACGGUAUAAAAACAGCAUAGUUGAGAAGAAAUCAAGAUACUGGCAGCACUGAUUUGUCGCUCAUUUCUGAAUCCAGUCCAAACCUUCCUGCCUAAACAGAUCAGUAAGCCGACUAUAAGACACUAUACAAAAUAUUAUAAGGAUAUUGUGGGUGAAAAUGCAACAGUAAUAAUAAUAAUAAACCUCAGUGACCUCUGGGUGUUAGCAGGUAAUGUUAACAAGCCUUCACAGAUGUUGACAGAGGGACGUCAUCUUUUGUACAGUUCAUUGCAUCUCGUCUCUCUGUGAAGGCUUUUCACCGUUCAGAAGAGGUAGAAAUACUCCGCCUUUAGAUGUGAUCAGAUGACAAGUCGUUGAAGUAUUUGCCUUCCCACCUAACCCGCCACUCAUCGGUUGCAUUUUUUUAAUAUUCUCUGGAAGGGAGAAUCCUGGUACGUACCCUUUUAAAGAGUAAGUUAAAACAUUUCACAGCCCUCUCUGGUUGAGAGUUUGAAGUAUGUCGAAUCGCUUCACACCCUCCGGAGUACACUUAUGGUGUGUUUAACGCCAAACGCACAGCGAACCUUUCCUGCGAUGCGAGUCUGUGGGCACCAGGAGCUCUGUACAAUAGUACCUCAUAUCUGUACAGAGACCGGACCAAACUCUGUGUAGAAAUGUAUGUGUAUAAACCACAGAAACAACAGCGUCGCUGCCGUAUUGAUGCCUAGACGACUUUAUGUUGAGUGUUGAUGCAGCAGCUACAAUGUUAGCAUAGCCUUGAGCUGAUCAAUCCAAAUUCCAUUCAGAAAACAAGCAUUUAAAGGUUAUUUGUUUGUCGUCUUGCGGACAGACCCGACAAAAUACGAAUUCAGACUUUUUUUACAAAUUAGCGUCAUUACGUAGUUAUUUCAGCACACUUUUGAUCCAGUUAUUGCAAUUAAAUCACAGCACAAUCUGUUUAUUUCGGGUCCACACCGCUGUAGUAAACCAGAUACAUUCAGCCGACGUGUGACUUGCUAGAUACAGUGAAUACAUGCUCCUCCGGUAAAUGCGAGGCGCUUUGGUGUGAACACAGCAUACUACAUCCCUGCAGUAUGAUGAGAAGUUAAACCUCUGGAGGUCAGCAGAAAUACAAUGUUCGGCUGUUGUUGAGUUGUUCUUCAAAGACAAAAAUGUACCUUAGCGCCAUCAUCUGAUCAGGUGUAUAGUUGGGAUGGUUUGACCCUUUCAAUAAAAAAAGACCAAUUACUCCACUUGGUCUUAGCAGUCUGGUCAGACUCCUGCAGUUAUUCAGUGUUUUAGUGUAGCUGAUUACACAAUCACACACUCUGGGUAUUAUCAUUUGUUUCUGGGGAGAAAUACUUUUGCGCUGACCUUAACGGGUUGGACCUUGGUCGGUGGCCCUAUACGCUUCAAACUAUGACUCUCUAGGUAACCCUCUAGAGUCCGUUUUGGACGUAUCAGGGACGGUGUGUCAGUUUCUGCUCGUUACAUGCAUAGUGUCUUUUCAAAAUAAACUUCCAAUGUUAGUUACUUAGUUUUUACUUAGUUAGUUUUUAGGUUUAACUUACUUAAAUAACAAAUUAAUUGAGGGUCAUAAAUGGAUGUCUUAGUGUGGAGGAAAAAGAGGCCAAAUGGAUAAAAAGUACAGAUUUAUCCACAUUAGUGUGAGCAUGGCCUUCAUUAUAACUUCUUUAUCCAGCACUGACAGCUUUCACCUCCAUAAUGUUCAGCUCUAGUAUACGAAUAAUUAAUAAUAAUUGGACUUGUGCUCUAUUGUAUGUAAUGGGCUCUUGUUUUCUGCCUACCAUCAUUAGUCCACAGAGAGUACAGAGUCACUAGCGUCGCCAGAAAAAGAAAAUAUGGGUGUGCACAUGAUCCAGACUAGGACUGAAAUUCAGCCCUAGUCUAGCAUGUGUGUGUAGGGUUGCCAACUUCUACGAGUAGUAGAACAACCCGUUCUCACACCCAGUCUUGUCAAAUGCCACCGUUUGGUGAGCGCUCCUCGGCAUCGGAAACCAACACACGGAGGCAACCCUUUAGCAACAGCACGUGAUGAACCGGGCUUUCAACUAACUCCAGUGUAAACCCACCAGCGGUGUUAUACUCGUAUGAUGUCAAAAAUGGUCUACCAGCUACUCAUGUGGUGGCAGGAUUAUUACUGUAGGAUUUGAAUUUGACACGAUGGCUUUUAAAUGUUAAAAUGAUUGUUAAUGUGAAGAUGGCGAGCUCUGCUGUCUUUCCGUGGAUAAAUGAAGAUGAAAUUGUGUUUUUUAGCGAAGAAGAGACUCCUUUCUGUAACUUAACUACACAUAAUCUUGAGUGAGAGUAGGCUCCAAUUAGCAUACACAGUGUGACACAAUAGGCUUAGUAUCAUCUGAUGCCGUCGCUACAUCUUCCUUUUUUCAAAAUAAUAGCUCAACUAACUGGUAUCCAAAUUGUCAGUCCCCUCCCCCCACCCAGUCACAAUUCACUUUGAUUCUGAUCACACGCAGCAUGUCAGACAUUCAGUGUUACUGUCCUCUUACCUCUCAGCUGCGCUCCGUAACCUGAACCUCUGUGUCAACCUCCCGCUCUUGUAUUUUAUACUCAGCAUGUACUAACUGUUCCUGUAUGAUUAUUGAUUGAUUUGUUUAUUAUAGUAUUAAUGAUGCACAUGUUAUCACUGUUGAUUUACAAUUAAAUACUUGUCACCUUCUCAGUC